UACAACUUAACCUUCUACACUUUACACUUGUAAAUCGUUCUUGGCUAAAGACGCAAGAUAUAAUCACCAAAGACGAGAAAAAAAAUUUACUGUUGACAUUGAAGUGAAGUGAAAAAAAUACUGAAAAAUAAUAAAAAUGAAAUUGAGUUCUUGCAUUUGUGACAUUGCGGCUUGCACUCCAUCCUUAUAUUGUACCUGAUAACAACCAUUUACUUUCGAUACGAUAAAGUGAGAAAGCAUUACGGCAAAUUAACUUUCUCACUCUGAUUCAAACUGCCAACUUCGGCAUCACUCUGUGGGUGGAAUGCUCGGUUUAGAUAUAUACGUCAUUGCAAUUCGGUAAUAAAGAAUCAGUAUACACUUUUGAAAUUAGUGCAGUCAAAGUAGUAAUAAAAAACACACCUGUUAUCAGUGCAUUUUAACAGUGUUCUGUACUGCACCGUAUUGUAUAUUUAUUUAUCAGUCGUCAACAGGCGAGAAAAUGCAAAUACUACGGCAACUGGACGUGCACCCGAAAGUUCGUGAGGAAGCCGAUAUUCUCGUGAGGACCUUUAGCGGUGCCAUCGGUAAACAGAAUCAGAAAAUCCUCGUCUAAAGCAUUACCUGUCAGUUUCGUCAAAUUUUCGCAUCAAUGUCUGGUCUGACGAAGAUCCAGGCUCGAUUUCCACGAGGAUCGAACUUGGGGAAAGCGAGGAUAUUUGCGUUCUAUUAGAUUAAGUGAUAAUCAUUAUGAUGCGAAAUUAAACGACGUCGACAAUUACAAUCAUUAGUACUAUCAUCAUGGGCAUAUUAUUUAUGUCAGAAAUAAACUAUUAUCUCACACCAACUAUGAGCGAAGAAUUAUUUGUAGAUACAUCUAGGGGCUCUAAAUUGAGGAUCAAUUUGGAUGUAAUAGUUCCAACUAUAUCUUGUGAUCUUUUAUCAGUAGAUGCAAUGGACACAACUGGUGUGCAAUAUUUGCAGAUAGAACAUAAUAUCUUUCAAAGACGGUUAGACUUAAAUGGUAAACCCAUAGAGGACCCACAGAGAACAAAUAUUACAAAAACCAAGGCUGUUGUGAAACCUACAGAUGAGGAAACACAGAUCAGCUCUACUACAAAAGUUUGUGGAGAUUGUUACGGAGCAGCUACAGAGACGUUAGAAUGUUGUAAUACUUGUGAUGAUGUACAAAUGGCUUAUAGACUUAAGAAAUGGGCUAUGCCAGACUUAGCUAAAAUUAAACAAUGUCAAAAUGAUAAAUCUGCAGACAAGUACAAGCAUGCCUUUACACAAGGCUGCCAAAUCUAUGGUUAUAUGGAAGUGAAUAGAGUUGGUGGGAGUUUUCACAUUGCUCCAGGUGAUAGUUAUUCCGUCAAUCAUGUACAUGUGCAUGAUGUUCAACCUUACAAUUCAAAUCACUUCAAUAUGACACAUAAAAUUAGACAUUUGAGCUUCGGACUCAAUAUCCCAGGAAAAACAAAUCCUAUGGAUGAUACCACCACAGUUGCUACGGAAGGUGCUAUGAUGUUUUAUUAUUAUAUCAAGAUCGUGCCAACAACGUAUGUCCGCGCGGACGGAUCGACCCUCUUAACGAAUCAAUUCUCAGUGACACGACAUUCGAAGCGGAUGCCGCUGUACAUGAGCGACUCCGGCAUGCCUGGCAUAUUUUUCAGCUACGAGCUGAGCCCGCUCAUGGUGAAGUACACGGAAAAAGCAAAGUCGUUCGGGCACUUUGCAACAAACACUUGUGCAAUCAUUGGCGGUGUAUUCACCGUGGCGGGACUGAUAGAUUCGCUACUUUAUCACUCAGUGCGCGCGAUACAGAAGAAAAUAGAGCUGGGAAAGUACAAUUAAAACUCGGGACCCAGUCGAUGUCGAUUACCGUUAAUCCCGAUCGGCCUCCUUCCUCUUGUCAAUGCAGAUUCUCAAAUGUAACUGGCAAACUUUCAAGAGUCCAUCUGACUUCGCGGCGAGAAGAGCUGAUUGGGACUGGCGUUGAUGCGACGCUCAGAAGAAUAAUUAAACAGAAUUACGAAAAGCAUUAAUGAGAAUGAUGUUGUUGCAGAAGCAUCGAUUUUUCCACCGAAGCCCGAUAUUUCUAUUGUGGAAUCUCAAUGCGCGUGUAACGCCAAAUAGAACUGUCAGUCAAUAAUUCGAUCUUACUUACUUACACUGGGACGUGUUUGUAUCGAAAUGUUAGAUAAGAAAGUAAAAGUAAAAUAACGGCUCGCCACACGCAACGGGAUGCGAAGAACGCUCUUUUUCUUUUUAUGACAAUUAUACAAAAAGAAAUGUAAAUUAUAUAUGUAUUAUGUAUAUGUAUAACGUAUGCUAAUUAUAUUCUUCGAGUCUUAUUUAAGUAAA